UGUUCUCGGACGUAACAGUCACGAUGGAGUCGUCGUGGUCGAUGUUAUUCUCGUCGCAUUUUGCACUUUUAUUAAUAACUUUGUUCGCUACCGGCGUGAUAAAGUUUGUCUUCGUUCUAUAUCAUGUGUAUACUUACUGGAGUAAAAGAGGAGUCCCUUAUAUACGAUCGAUUCCGAAUGUUGGGAUGUCUUGGAAAUUGUUAUUUCGACGCUUGAACUUCCCCGACUAUGUUAUGUACAUCUAUAAUUAUGACCCGGACGCUAAGUACAUCGGAUUGAUGGACAUGACCACUCCUCUCGUUCUUAUACGCGACCCCGAGCUCAUUAAAGACGUCAUGGUGAAGGAUUUCGAACAUUUUACGGAUCAUAUACCUUUCGUGAGUGAACAAUCGGACCCCUUGUUCGGUAAGAAUGUCUUAGCCUUGCGCGGUGAUCGCUGGAAAGAAAUGAGGACAACGUUGAGCCCCUCUUUCACCGCCAGUAAGAUGAAAGUUAUGUUCGAGCUGGUGUCAAGGUAUUCCCACGAAUUCACCAAAUACCUGACGGAUCAUCCAGAACUGUGGUCCUCCCUUUAUACGGAGGACGCCUUCAAGCGGUACGCUACUGAUGUGAUCGCCACGUCGGCCUUUGGCAUAAGCGUCAGUUCCAUGAAGGACCGGAAUAACGAAUUCUUUAUGAGAGGUGAGGAGGCCCUUAAUUUCAGCAGCUUUGUAGCCAUAUUGAAGUUCAUGUUAUUCCGCGCGUCUCCGCGGUUAAUGAAGGCACUAGGUAUAAAUUUCUUUUCAUCGGCUACAUCCAAAUUCUUCAAAAGAAUCGUGGCUGAGAGCAUUAAAAUUCGUGAAGAACAAGGAAUCGUACGACCGGACAUGAUCCACUUAUUGAUGCAAGCUAGGGAUAAAGAGGGUCGUAGUGUGCACGACAUGACUCUGGACGAUAUCGUAUCGCAGGCAUUCAUCUUCUUCUUGGCCGGCUUUGGUACAUCCUCGACAUUGAUGUGUUUUCUUGUACAUGAACUCGCGGUUAACCGAGAUAUACAGGAUCGUCUAUUUGAGGAAAUAGAACGACAUCUCGCCGAGGGAAACGGCGAAAUCUCCUAUGAGUUAAUGUUGAAGAUGACUUACUUGGAUAUGGUGGUGUCGGAAGCUCUUCGGAAGUAUCCGCCGGUGCCCAUGAACGAUAGGAUCUGUGUGAAGAGUUAUAAGCUACCUCCGUCGAAACCAGGCUGCAAGAGCGUGAUCAUCAAGCCGAACUCCAUGAUUUGGAUACCUGCUUACGCGUUGCACAAUGAUCCCAAUUAUUUCCCGAACCCGUCCAAGUUCGAUCCCGAGAGAUUCAGCGACGAGAAUAAAGACAACAUCGUGCCAUAUACAUACAUGCCCUUCGGUUUCGGACCCAGAAUGUGCAUCGGCACUCGUUUCGCUCUCAUGGAGGUAAAACUUUUGGUAAUUCAUCUCCUACACAAAUUUAUCAUCAAGACCACAGAGAAGACUGUCGAUCCUAUGGUGUUCGAUAAAACUAUGUUCGCGUUGCAUCCUGAUGGUGGUUUUUGGAUUUCAUUGGAGAAAAAUUCGCGCGGCUAUGAUCAUAACAUCAUAUUCAACGAGCGACGAAAUCACUCGUUCUCGGACGCGUCAGUCACAAUGGAGUUGUCGUGGUCGUCGUUACUCUCGUCGCCUUUUGCGCUUUUAUUAACAACUUUGUUCGCUAUUGGCGUGCUGAAAUUGGUUGUCGUUCUAUAUCAUGUGUAUACUCACUGGAAGAAAAGAGGUGUCCCUUAUAUACCAGCGGUUCCGAAUUUGGGUUCGCCUUGGAUACUGUUGUUUCGACGCAUGAGCUUCCCCGACUUUAACAAGCACAUCUACAAUUAUGACCCGAACGCUAAGUACAUUGGCAUGAUGGACAUAGCCACUCCUCUCGUUGUUCUGCGCGAUCCCGAGCUCAUCAAAGAUGUCAUCGUGAAGGAUUUCGAACAUUUUACCGAUCAUCCCCCUUUUGUGACUGAAGAAUUUGACCCCUUGUUCGGUAAGAAUGUCUUCGCCUUGUGCGGUGAUCGCUGGAAAGAAAUGAGAAACACGUUGAGCCCCUCUUUCACCGCCAGUAAGAUGAAAGUUAUGUUCGAGCUAGUGUCAAGAUGUUCCCACGAAUUCACCGAAUAUCUGGCGGAUCAUCCGGAACUACGGUCCUCUAUCGACACGAAGGACGCGUUCAGGCGGUACGCCACUGAUGUAAUCGCCACGUCGGCUUUCGGCAUAAGCGUCAAUUCCAUGAAGGAGCGUAGUAACGAAUUCUUUAUAAGAGGCAUGGAGGCCAGCAAUUUCAGCAGCUUCGUGCCUGUAUUGAAGUUCAUGUUAUUCCGCACGACUCCGCGGUUAAUGAAGGCACUAGGUAUGCAUUUUUUUUCGUCGGCUACAUCCCAAUUCUUCAAGAGAAUCGUGGCUGAGACCAUUAAAAUUCGCGAAGAGCAAGGAAUCGUACGACCGGACAUGAUUCAUUUAUUGAUGCAAGCUAGGGAUAAAGAGGGUCGUAGUAGUGUGCACGAUAUGACGUUGGACGAUAUCGUGUCGCAGGCAUUCAUUUUCUUUUUGGCCGGCUUUGAUACGUCUUCGACAAUAAUGUGUUUUCUUGUACAUGAACUCGCGGUUCACCGAGAUAUACAGGAUCGUCUAUAUGAGGAAAUAGAACGACAUCUCGCCGAGGGAAACGGCGAAAUCUCCUACGAGUUAAUGUCGAAGAUGACUUACUUGGACAUGGUGGUGUCGGAAGCUCUUCGGAAGUAUCCGCCGGUGCCCAUCAUUGAUAGGAUCUGUGUAAAGAGUUAUAAGCUAUCUCCGUCGAAGCCAGGCUGCAAGAGCGUGAUCAUCGAGCCCACUUCCAUAAUUUGGAUACCUGCUUACGCGUUGCACCAUGAUCCCAAUUAUUUCCCGGACCCGUCCAAGUUCGAUCCCGAGAGAUUCAGCGACGAGAAUAAAGACAACAUCGUGCCAUAUACAUACAUGCCCUUCGGCCUCGGGCCCAGAAUGUGCAUCGGCAAUCGUUUCGCUCUCAUGGAGGUAAAACUCUUGGUGGUUCAUCUCCUACAGAAAUUUAUCUUCAAGGCCACGGAGAAGACUGUCGACCCUAUAGUGUUCGAUAAAAGUUUGUUCGCGUUGCAUCCUGAUGGUGGGUUUUGGAUUUCAUUGGAGAAAAGGGAAAAAUGAACUGACGUAUUUUACUAGAAUCGGCUUAUGUAACUCAUGUUUAUCGAUACGUAAAAUCUUAUUGAACAAUCUUAUUGAACUGUCAAAGUAAUCGCUUACUGUUUCUGAAUCUUUAGUUCUUUGUAAAAGAUAGUAUCGUUAUUAUGUUUGAGAUAUCCUUGUUUUGUUUUUAAUAUAAAGCUGAAACAUUGAAUAGCAUUAACGUUGACAUUGUUGAAUUCGUCGAAUAUGUUACACUUAUAAUUUUAUAUAAAUUUAUUAGAGAAGGAGGGGAAAAUUAUAAUUUAUAACAGGAGUGAUUUCUAAUAUAUAAGGAACAAUGGCGGUAAUGGUGGUCAGCUAAGCGGAAAUUCAUAAAACUGGUGGUCGAUCUUUUCCAAAUCCCUUCCAACAAAGAGCAGCUCUUAAUCAUGGCCAUUCCAGCACCGACUGACCAACGUUACUGAAAUUAUAUGUUUUCACAAAUAAAUUAAACUUGUAACGUUCCAUCAAUUCAAAAAGUUCAGUAUUCUUACCGUAUAUUUAAUGGUUUAUAUAAGAAAUUAUAAGGUUUAUAUUAGGUGUUAUAAGAUUUAUAUGAUAUUAAAGGUUUGCAUGAUAUUGUAGAAAAAAGUUGCAAUAAUUAAACAUGAAUACAUUAGCUGACUUAUAACGUUUCUCUCGCAGCAAUCUUUACAUCAGAAAAUAGCGAAAUAACCGUUUUGUAAUAGCUCAACUGUGGACAUUACUGUAUAUUAUGAUAGCGUUGUUUUAUCUUAUGCUUUCUUUGGCUCUUCACAAAGGAAAUAAACUUGCAGAGUUCAAUUUGUACCGACAGCCGUCGAGAUAUAUAGGUGACCAGCGUUAUUUACUGACCAGUAGCACUCUAUUCUCCUUUAAUAAACAAGCAAGCGACUCUUGUUUCAGUAAAA